UCACAGGAAAGACCAUCUAAAGAAUCACCUUCAGACUCAUGACCCUAACAAGAUGGCCUUCAAGUGUGAAGAGUGUGGCAAGAAGUACAACACCAAGCUAGGCUAUAAGAGACAUUUGGCUCUUCAUGCAGCCACCAGUGGGGACCUUACCUGUAGGGUAUGUGCCCAGGAGUUUGGUGGUACUGAAGUUUUGUUGGAACACCUCAAAAGCCAUGCAGGGAGACCAACUAGCAAUACAAAAGAAAAGAAACAUAAGUGUGACCACUGUGAGCGUCACUUCUACACCCGUAAAGAUGUGCGGCGUCACAUGGUAGUUCAUACAGGCUGCAAAGACUUUCUGUGCCAGUUUUGUGCCCAGAGGUUUGGGCGGAAAGACCACUUGACUCGCCAUACUAGGAAGACCCAUCCACAAGAACUGCUGAAGAGCAGGCUGCAGAAUGGUGACUCAAUGGGUCUCCUUGACCAGCUUUUUCCACUAAGACUGAAACAAGAUGCCAGCAUACUGUCCCCUUUUCCUGAAAGUGUCUCUGUGCAGAAUGGGAUUUUGAAUAGUUCAGAAUCAGGGGAAUACACUCUUCAUUCCCAGCCAAGCCUACCAGCUGCUCUUCCUCUUGAAUCUUCUCCUCAUUUGCAAAGGAUGGGCUGUGCAGACAGCCUUCCAGCUGUCCAUACCACACCAUGCUCAACAGCCGUUCCUAACAACCUGAACCUGCAUCAGCCUAAUAAAUACGACCUUAGUUCUACCUCAUUUGCAGCAGGACCCCUCAAAAAUAUACCAAUAAAAGUGGAUGUUAAAGGUUAUAAUGUGCAUCUUCUCGAGGACCUGCCAUUAACAGAACCUCAAUCUCUCCACAAAAUCAGUCUGGAAGAAGCUUCCUCAGGGCCUGUAGGGGAUACUAACAAGUACCCAGUGCACAAGGAGACAGAGGCAGCAGCUGAAACUACGAGCCUGCCUUUCAUGGAUCUCACUCAUGUGAUGAGUUUCUGGCAGCUCCCACCAGGUGACAACCAGAACACCACUGGGGACAUCACAAUGGCAUUUGGUCCAGAGGAACCAUUACACAGGCUGAAUGGCGUUGGCCAACAGCAAGGUCUUCAGCUAGCAACUGGCGGGAUGGCCAUAAACCAGCUGCAUCAUCUUCCUCGCUCCUUUCCAUCCACUACAAAUUCUGUAACGCUGCCUCAUUUUCAUCAUGCCUUCAAAUAA